AUGGUAAUUGCUUUUAAGAUGAGCCGUUUUCUUUUGGCAUUGGGAAUCAUUUUGGCUAUGGUCCCUCUAACUAUUUCAAGUGCUUCAAGUUUUUCAGCAAGUAAAGUGAAUUUGUUUCCUGAAUUCACAAAGUGGCACAUAUAUGUUGUGAAUGGCUUGAGCAACAAUCAGAACCUGUUCACCGAAUGCAAAUCAACAGAAAAUGAUUUGGGCACCUAUAACCUAUCUCCAGGUUCCAAUUUCACUUGGAGUUUUAGGACUAAUUUCAUCCACUCAACGCUAUUUUGGUGCCAUGUGAGCAAAGACAAUGCUUCUGCUUCAUUUGAGGUCUUUUGGUAUGAUGCUCAUCUUUUCAACAAGUGUGAUUGGAAGAAUUGUAUUUGGGUUGCUAAAGAGGAUGGGAUUUACCUAAUAGAUUUCAGUGAACAUGUUGAGGAGUUAUACUAUAUGUGGGGUGUUGAGAUGUGA